AUGCAGGGAGAGAAGGAUGUGGAGGCCAAGCAGAAUUCCACGAAUCAAUCGCUUGGCUUCAAGAGCAUGCAUGCUCGUGGAAGGAUUUCUUGGGCCGACGAGCCAGACUCAGAGUCUGUUGGAAAUGGUCUCCCCUACCGGCUUCCUGACUGGUUCACUGAAGAGGAUCUGCCAAAGCGCUUCAAUGGGGUGACAGACCACAAAACCUGGGAAGGGCUUCGCAGCACAAGCCAGAACCUCUUUGUGACAUGA